AUGACCAACGCUGAGUUGAUGGUGGAGGCAAGGACCAUCGGCCUCGUCGAUAUCCCGCAACGUCGCACUGAGCUGGCUUUGCAGAUUCUCCUGGCAAAUUCAGAAGCUACAGGCAUCGCAAUCGGUGCUGGCAUUCUCGAUGUGCACGACAAGGGUUACGGAUUUUUGCGACCUCCCGGAGGCGCAAGCAGCGAUGACGACAUCUACGUUCCCAAUGGGCUGCUUCGCAAGAGCGGCAUGCGACAAGGCGAUUUCAUCGUCGGUCCGGUGCGGUUGGUGAACGGUCGCGACAUCGAAUUUGCGCGUCGUCGCCCGCGUUUCGAGCAGUUGACCGUGGGUCACCCUGACAAGCAGCUGACGCUCGAGACGGCCCCGAACAAGCUGAACAGUAGAGUCAUCGACAUCAUCGCUCCGAUCGGCAAGGGCCAGCGCGCACUUAUCGUGGCUCCGCCCAAGGCCGGCAAGACGGUGAUCUGA